AUGUGAAAUUUUCUUUUUGUUUUUGCUUUUUGACUCAUAAAUUGGAUUAUUUCAUCUGGAGUGGAUAAGUACAACAGUGACAAGUACAUGGAAUAAUAAAGAAGACUUUAAAAUCUUAAAAUCCAAGGAACUUGGCUAAUUCUGGCGAUAGCCAUAUGAAAACUUUAAAACAGAAGUAUGGGUAGCUGACUGAAGUAACUCUAUGUCAAAUAGCCAUACGUUAAGUGUCUUCAAAGAACUUGGAUAUUAUUUCAGAGGAUACAAAAUAAAAAAACAAACUGGAAAACAUAAAGAUUACAGAGACAAACCCAACACCUUCCUGUGCAGUCCUGUUGGAAUUUGGACUUGCCAUGAGGUGUUGAAACCUUGUUUCGCUGAGUUGGAGAGACUGGACCUAAAUGGCGCAGCAUGACUUUGCUCCAGCCUGGCUUAAUUUUCCUACCCCACCAUCAUCAACAAAGUCGUCACUGAAUUUUGAAAAGCAUUCUGAAAACUUUUCAUGGACAGAAAAUCGUUACGAUGUGAACCGCCGACGACACAACUCUUCAGAUGGCUUUGAUUCUGGUAUUGGACGUCCUAAUGGAGGUAACUUUGGAAGGAAAGAAAAAAAUGGAUGGCGUACACAUGGAAGAAAUGGUACUGAAAACAUAAAUCAUCGAGGGGGAUACCAUGGUGGAAGUUCCCGUUCUCGUAGCAGUAUUUUCCAUUCUGGAAAAAGCCAAGGACUACAUGAAAACAACAUACCUGACAGUGAAGCAGGGAGGAAAGAAGACAAGAGAGAAUGCAAGCAGUUUGAGGCUGAGGAUUUUCCAUCUCUAAAUCCUGAAUAUGAGAGAGAACCAAAUCAGAAUAAAUCUUUAGCUGCGGGUGUAUGGGGCCUACACGCCCAGACACACACAUACCCAACCAAAAAAAUCUCCCAAGCUCCUCUCUUAGAAUAUCCCCCGAAUCCUAAAUCUAGAACUCAAAGGAUGCUGGUCAUUAAGAAAGGUAAUACAAAAGACUUACAACUAUCUGGAUUCCCAGUAGUAGGAAAUCUUCAGUCACAGCCAGUUAAGAAUGGGACUGGUCCAAGUGUUUAUAAAGGCUUAGUUCCUAAACCUGCUGCUCCACCUACAAAACCUACACAAUGGAAAAGCCAAACUAAAGAAAAUAAAGUUGGGACUUCUUUCCCUCAUGAGUCUACAUAUGGUGUUGGCAACUUUAAUGCUUUUAAAUCAACUGCCAAGAAUUUUAGUCCAUCAACAACUUCAGUGAAAGAGUGUAAUCGCUCAAAUUCUUCUUCACCUGUUGACAAACUUAAUCAGCAGCCUCGUCUAACCAAACUGACACGAAUGCGCACAGAUAUGAAGAGUGAGUUUUUGAAAGCAUUGAAAAGGGACAGAGUGGAAGAGGAGCAUGAAGAUGAAAGCCAUGUGGGCUCAGAAAAGGAUGACGACUCAUUUAAUUUGCAUAACAGCAAUAGUACUCACCAAGAAAGGGAUAUAAAUCGAAACUUCGAUGAAAAUGAAAUUCCACAAGAGAAUGGCAAUGCCUCGGUAAUUUCCCAACAGAUCAUUCGGUCUUCAACCUUCCCACAGACUGAUGUUCUUUCUAGUUCACUUGAAGCAGAACACAGAUUGUUAAAGGAGAUGGGUUGGCAAGAAGACAGUGAAAAUGAUGAAACAUGUGCACCCUUAACUGAGGAUGAAAUGAGAGAAUUCCAAGUUAUUAGUGAACAGUUACAGAAGAAUGGUCUGAGGAAAAAUGGUAUUUUGAAAAAUGGCCUGAUCUGUGACUUCAAGUUUGGACCCUGGAAAAACAGCACUUUCAAACCCACUAUUGAGAAUGAGGACACAGAGACAAGUAGCAGUGACACAUCAGAUGACGACGAUGUGUGAAGGAUUUCCUAACAGCUUUAGAAUUAUAGUGUGAUACAUCUCUCAUACAGUUUGGGGUGAAUUGUAAAAAUGAAGAACUAUAAUUUAUGUAGUAAAAUACCCCAUUAGAAGAUGAUUUUUUGGGGGGACUUCAAUAUGAAGAAAACCAAGAAUGUUGUGUUGGGCUGUGUUGAACAUUAUUUCUUUGUAAAUGAAUGUUGUAGAAAUGAGGACUUUGGUUGAUCCAACAUUGACUUUCUUCAUCACUGCAGCAUUUCUCUGACUAGCAAUGUGACGAUGUAACAAAUGAGAGUUUCUCAUUUAAUAAUAAAAAAAUUGUGUAAUGUUUUGCAAAAAAAAAAAAA